GACGAUAUCAUUCAAACUACGCAUCUCAAACCACAUUUUUCACAUUGUUAUAUUUAACAUCAGUAUUCAUACUCUCUUCUCUAUAUAAACACACCCGAAUUAGUGAGACAUUUAUUAACACACAUAAUCUAAAGACCAUCUUGAGAAGUAGAAAAAUAGAGAGAGAGACAAUGAAGUUCCCUUACGGUUCUUCUCAUGAUGAUCUCCACGCUUUGGUCAAUCAGACCAAGAAUGAUAUUCAGUUGUCCACCAUUAAUUUUGAUCCUUACUCAUUUGUCUCUCCUUCUGCUUACGAUAUGGCUUGGUUAGCUAUGGUGGAAGAAGACCACAACGUAGAUGAUGAUGAUGAUGAGAUUAAACCUAUGUUCCGAGAUUCUUUAGAUUGGAUUUUGUGUAAUCAAAAUGCCGGAGAAGGUUACUGGGGAAACUCCGGGUGUCUAAUUACUCCGGUGUCUGACGCUGGAGACGAAGACGGAGACGACAUGUAUACUCUAACUUCCACUCUUGCCUGUGUUCUUGCUCUUCACAAAUGGAACAUUGGGUGUUUUCAUCUCCAAAAAGGGAAGAGAUAUAUCGAGAGAAGAACGGAGAUGAUAAUUAGGAAAUACAAAAGCAAAGAGAGAUCCUAUCCUCGUUGGUUCGUUAUCAAAUUCACAGGAAUCCUCGAGCACGCUCAACAACUUGGCUUACACUUUGUUUUCUCUAGUCGCUGUAUUGAAAUGAUCAAAGAGGUGUUUGAUCAACGCCAAGAGAUUCUCAAAAGAGAAAAGUUGUUGGAUGAUUGUAACCAUAUACCUCUACUGGCAUAUCUAGAGGUCUUGCCAUCAACGUUAUAUGUCGAAAACCAAGAAGAAAUCAUAGUUAAGAGCCUCGACAAUAUCGAUGGCUCUUUAUUUCAGUCGCCUUCAGCAACUGCAUCAGCAUUUAUGAUUACCCGCAAUGCAAAGUGUCUUGCAUAUCUUCAAAAUGUCGUCCAAAGAUGCCCAAAUGGAGUCCCACAAAAAUACCCUCUUAAUGAAGAACUCAUAAAACUCUCCAUGGUUAAUGUAAUCGAGAACAUCGGUUUAGGAGAGUUCUUUGGAAGUGAUAUUGAACAUGUUCUUCAACAAGUUUACAGGAGUUACGAGGAAGAAAAUGUAGAGAGAAUGCCUAUCAGUUAUCUAGCAGAUAAACUGCACAAAGACUCACUUGCAUUUCGGAUGUUAAGAAUUCGAGGUCACACCGUUUCACCAAGAAGCUUUUGCUGGUUCUUGAAUGAUCAGGAAACUCGAAAUCAUUUGGAAAGAAAUACAGACUCUUUGUUCCUUGUCAUCCUUAGUGUUUACAGAGCCACAGAUCUCAUGUUUCCAGGAGAGCAAGAGCUUGAAGCAGCAAGAGAGUAUACUCGGAAUCUACUUGAGCAAAUUCGGUCAAUCGACGAACGAAUGAUUAAGCAUGAAUUAAGUACUCCAUGGAUAGCUCGACUCAAACACCUUGAUCAUAGGAUGUGGAUUGAGGACAAAAACUCAAAUGUCCUCUCAGUCGGAAAAGCCUCCUUUUUAAGACUACAUAAUACAUAUAUCAACAAGCUGACUCAUCUUGCAACAAGAAACUUCUUAUCUCGACAAGCAUUGUACAGACGCGAGCUAGAGGAAUUAACAAUAUGGGUAAAGAAAUGGGGACUUAAUGAUAUUGGUUUUGGUAGAGAGAAGACAACAUAUUGUUACUUUGCAACUGCGACUUCAUUGCCCUUUGAAUCUGCCAUUAAAGUUGGAAAGCUUACAGCGAAGACUGCCAUCCUCGUCACAGUUGCCGACGAUUUGUUUGAUGAAGAAGGUUCUUUGGAUGAUUUGGAAGCUCUUACUAAAGCUGUUAUAAGGUGGGAUGGAGACGAGCUUGAAGGUUACGAAAAAAUCAUAUUUAUGGCACUUGAUGAUAUAGUAAGAGAGACUACAGAGGCUUGCCGUAAGCAACACGGAACCGACAUUACAGAUCAGCUUCGCAACAUAUGGGGUGAAACUUUUGAGUCAUGGCUACGUGAAGCCGUAUGGAGUAAGAAGGGACAUAUUCCAUCGAUGGAAGAAUAUCUUCAUAGUGGAAUGAUCUCAAUCGCAGCACACACCAUGGCUCUUUCAGUUUCGUGUGUCAUGGAACCUUGUUUUCCCCAACAAAAACUCAACUCUGGAAAAUAUGAUACGUUAACCACAUUGCUCAUGAUCAUACCUCGACUUUUAAAUGAUCUGCAAAGUUAUCAGAGGGAACAAGAACAAGGGAAGAUCAAUUCCGUGCUACUCCACAUGAGGAAUACUUCAGGUCUCGAGAUUGAAGACUCAAUCGCUCAUAUCGAAAAGAUAAUUGAUUCAAACAGGAAAGAGUUUCUGGAGCAUGUACUAAUCGAUGGGCUAAGUGAUUUACCCAAACCGUGCAAAGAGAUUCACAUGUCUUGUUGCCAAGUCUUUGAGAUGUUUUUCAACAAGAAAAAUCGUUAUGAUUCCGACACAGAGAUGCUUCAAGACAUUAAGAAAGCUUUCUACGAUCCCGUGAAUGUAAAUGAACUUUCAGAGAACGAGCCUAAGCCACUGAUGGUACAUGGGGAUGAAUUUAUGAUGCUUCCUCUGCUGAUGAACCUUUCACCAAAGAUUCUUGAAUUUAAGAGGAAGGACGAAUACGGGGCGGUGAAAACAUCCAUGUGCUUGAGAAGAAGUUUUCAUGCUCAUAAACGCGCUAUUGCCUUACAGCCUCUAAAGAUCGUUGCCUCGAAGAGUAUAGUGGUACCAAUGAUGCCAUCAAAAUUCGCACCUUGCUUCUACUGA